CGGGUUCCUAUCAGAGAGGCCCCACUCUCUCAAGCAGUAAGGAACACAGCGGAAGGCCGCGACCCUCACUGUAGCUACCCCACUACCCCUCCUCGGACCUCGAACCUGCACACCUCUUUACCUAGCUUCUCAGCCCGCUCGGCCCUCACGCGUCUUUCAUAUCGCGGUGCAGUCUCCAAGGGAAAAAAUAAAAAAGAAAAUAAAACUUGUCUGCCGUGCUUCUCUCCAAGCGAGACUCGCCAGCCUCAUUCGGACCACCACUCCGGAAAGAAGAAAUCAACCACCAGGAAGCAACCAAACCACCCGCCAAGAUGCUCAUCAAGGUCCGCACGCUCACCGGCAAGGAGAUCGAGCUCGACAUCGAGGGCUCCGACCAGGUCUCCAAGAUCAAGGAACUCGUCGAAGAAAAGGAGGGCAUCCCGCCGGCCCAGCAGCGUCUCAUCCACGGCGGCAAGCAGAUGCUCGAUGACAAGACAGCGGACGACUACUCCCUGGUGGGCGGGGCUACCCUUCACUUGGUCCUGGCGCUCAGGGGUGGGCUAUGAAGCGGCAUGGCAUGACUGGAUUAGGGCGAUUUGAGAGAGAGGAGGGGGAGAGGUGGUGCAUUUAAGCGUGUCUGUUCCAUUUUAGUUUUUAUUUCGGCGGUACUGGUUUUUGAUGGGAGGCAAAGAUGGGAAAUAGAUCCAUACCUGCUACCUCAUUCUUGUCCUAGGUUGUUGACUCCGGUGUUUCAGUCGUGUAAUGUGGCCCGCGGGCAUGGACAUAAUGAUAUUUGAUCAUGACCAACGAUGAGCAAACGAAAUAGGUUCCGAGAGAAAAAUGGGCAUCUUCA